AUGGCAUCUCAGGACUGCUUCAGUGUGCAGCUAUAUGAUGAUAAACAGAUACAGCGGUUCCUGGAGCUGAGGUUCGCCGGUGCUGUCCUGCAGGAUGACUGGUGUCUGGCAGAUAUGGCCAUCUCCUCAGGUGCAACCAUCUUCUGCCAGUUGAAGGAGGUCAGCAAGGCUCUGCUCCAUGUGUUCAGUGCUGUGACGAAGGAGACCCUGCCUAUCAUGGGAAUAGCUUGUCUGCUGGCUACCUCUGUCUCCAAAAUUAGGUCCCUGGUGUCCUUGUUACUUGGCCUACCAGUCAGUGCUUUCACGUUGUCGACUCAGAGUGGGGCUGAGCUUUAUGACUGUAAUCUGCUCUCACACUAUGCUGUUGAAGCUGGAGAUAUUCUUUGUUUGGACACUUGGGAUGGCUGGACAGAGUUCUUGAGAGACUCUUUGGAAGGACACAAGAACAAAGUCAUAUGCAUUUUUUCUAAGGAUGAACCAGUUCUAAGGUUUCAGAAAUGUUUGGCUCUUUAUGCUGUGGGCUAUGGACAUCUUGAAAUGGCCAUUUGGCUACUAGACAGUGGUGCACAAGCCCACAAGCCUGUGGGUGUCCACCCUUCCCAUGUAUGGUGCUACGAAACGGACCACCCAGAGUCCUUAAACUGCCCUGUUCAUGCUGCUGUAGAGGCUGGCCAACUUCACAUUUUGCAGAUGUUCCUCAGUAGGAACAUAUUAAACCUAGCCUGUAGAGAUCCCAGCAACCGACAACUAAAAAAAAAUGAUGUCCCCAGUACCCAGGGGUUCUAUGUUCAAAGGAUGCACAUGGGUCAACAAGUCAUCCUGUGGGUUUCAGGCUCUGACAUCACAGCCCACAGUCUCAUCCUGUCCAUGUCAUCACCCUGCUGUCCUAUCAUCUCAGAAUGCAUCAGAGUGACUACCACAGAUGCUUCCUCUUGCCACAAACAAAAGGACAGGGAAAAGGACUAA